AACAACAACAACAACAACAAUACCAACGACAACUACAGCACCACCGCCUCGAGCCGCUCUGGUGGAUUCUUUAGCCGCAGACGUUCCUCCUCGUCGGACCCAGACCUCAGAAACGAUUCGUCUAUCGUUGCGGCGCGCCAGAAGGUCGGCGACGCAGAGGCCCGUGAGCGAGACGCGGACUGGGCGCUGGGGCAGGCGAGAUCUGCUGUCCGUGAAGCAAGGGAGCAUGUGAGGAUGCUAGAGCAGGAAACUCUCGAGGAGGCGAGGCGUGCGAAGCUCAAGCAAGCCGAGGCCAAGAGCGUCAGCAAGAGCGCCAGGGGCCUUGGUCGCCAUGGUUGA